UUCCUUUCUUCUGCACACAUAGUGUCAACGAGCUUUCUGAGAUAGCGAACGCUUCCAACUCAACUGCUACGCACCCAAGCACAACUAUCCCACAAGCUCACCAGUCACACACACAUACACACACUUUCUACAACUUUUUUUGCAUCCUUUUGCACACCUGGUGAACCUCAUUUCUCACCAAGUUCUGGACAAGAUGGCUCGUUCGGCGAAGACACGGCCUUACGAGCAGCAGCACAGCUUCAACGUGCUCCCGCCUGGCCCAGUCCCGGAUUGGCUAAUCGAGUGUUACCGGGCUAGCAAGAACACCUUUCCUCCGGACCUCCAGAUGACUCUGGCCCAGGAGGGCGAGACCGUUCGCCGCGCCACCCAGCUGGACAUAGCUGAGCGGGAGCGUGUCUCCACCAACGUCGGCAACACCAUCACUGCUCAUGGGCCGACACAGCAGCCUACCCAAGUGGCGAUGAACCCGGGAAACCCGGCGCCGGCUCCGGAGACUGUGGCACCUGCACAGUUUCCACCCGCAUUGGCCUACCGUCAAAGACGGCCACCAGUGCCACAGGCAGCUCAGCUGCUUGCAACCGCUCCGGGACCUGCGGCACCUGCACAGGUCUCAACACCACCAACCGGUCUCGGGGACUGGUCCUUUAUACCGCAGGCACCUCAGCCGCUUGAGGUGGGACAGGGAUGCAUCAAUCCGGCGUCUCUUCUCCGAGUUAAGACGCCACCAGGGUGGACAGGGCCUGGCAUGGCACAAGGGAGGACCUGUUCCCAGUCUGCUGGGCAGGUAGAUGGGAGCUUGAUGGCUGCGGCAGCAGCACGAGCGGUGUGGAGGGAUUGGAGGGAUGAGGCUUUAGGGGCCGCGGCGUCGGCACAAGGGAGGACCUGUUCCCAGAGUGGUGGGCAGGUGCGUGAGGGCUCGGUGGCUGCGGCGGCAGCGCGAGCGGGCGGGAAGCGGAGGAGGGAUGAGGUGGAGGGAGAGGUAGAGGAGCAAGCUGCCCCCAAGAGGGCGCGGGAGGAGGAGCGCGCCGCCAUCAAUGGCGCACAAGCUCCUACGACGGCCACCAGCCACUCUUGUGAGGGCGAUACCGUUGAGGGCCUGGACCUGCUUGACUGGCAGUCCAUGCUUGGGGAGUGGUCAUCAGCUCUUCAGCCGGCCGAUACGGCAUCGUCGCCGGCUAAUGAUUCUGGGAUCGACUUCCGGAAUCUCUUUGAUUUGGACGGCGCCUCCAGUGACGCCGUCUCAUCAUCAUCGUCGGCACCAGAAGCUGCCGACACGGCCGAUGCGAGCCCGGAAUUUGAUCUCGCCGGCCUCGACCUCACUCCACUCCCACCAUGGUGGGAGGAAGAUUUGACUCCGUGGAUCGACUUGUUGGGCCAAGACUUCUCAUUGGUCUCAUAAGCAGUUGAGAGCUGGCAUUGGGGUUGGGAACGAGGGCUUGGGGCGUAGAUGGACGGGCAGUGAUGCAUCCCGGCGUGGGUGCUUCACUGCUCGAGGUUGGCCAUCUCGGCCGGGAAUUUCAAGUCCACAUCUUGGCUUGAGGUAGUCAUCACCACCCGGAGACACCUGAGCAUCACUAUCAUGUUGGGAUCAUGGGUAUCUGGGGCGUGGAAGACGGGCAGUGCCUCACC